GCAUCUAUUAAUACAUCCUUUCCGGGAAAAAACAGACAAGAAAACACAACAACAAAAAGUCAAUCACCAAUGUCUCGUCUCCUCCCUUUCCUCCUCCUCAUCGCCACCGUCUCCGCCGUCGCAUUCGCCGAAGAUGAACCGGACUGUGUCUACACAUUCUACCUCCGAACCGGGUCCAUCUGGAAAGCCGGAACCGACUCGAUCGUCAGCGCAAGAAUCUACGACAAGUACGGUGACUACAUCGGCAUCAAAAACCUAGAGGCUUGGGGUGGACUGAUGGGUCCAGACUACAACUACUUCGAGAGGGGUAACCUCGACAUUUUCAGUGGAAAAGCACCUUGUCUACCUAGUCCGAUCUGCGCACUAAACCUAACCUCCGAUGGCUCCGGUGAUCACCAUGGAUGGUACGUUAACUACGUCGAGGUUUCGACGGCUGGAGUUCACGCUCAGUGCGCGACACAGAAUUUCGAGAUCGAGCAGUGGCUAGCCACCGAUACUUCUCCUUAUGAGCUCACCGCCGUGAGGAACAAUUGUCCGGUUUCGCUUAGGGAUAGCGUUAGUCGGGUCGGGUCGGAGAUCCGAAAGCAGCUUUCUUGGGUUAUAUGAGUGAUGAGAGCGUGUGUGAUUCAUAAGGUCUCUCUUGUGUUGUUUGUUUAAUGUCGGCUUAUGAGUGUAAUGUGGCAUGAUUCGAUAAAUAAAACUUUCUAGUUAAAUUGCAGCGUUUAAUCCAUAAUUAGUGAAUGAUUUACUAGAUGAUUGACUCGUUAAUUGAAUCAUAUCACCAUCUUGUUUUGUAUCGGUAUUAUGUAGAACCAAUCAAUGUGAUAUUCAUUUAUCU